AUGGUGGGGGUGAGCUCGAAGGGAGAGUUGAAGAGGAGGAAGAAGGAGAUGAAGAAGGCCAAGUCCGGGGGCUUCGAGUCCCUCGGUCUCAGCCCCGAGAUUUUCCGUGGGAUCAAGCGGAAAGGGUACCGGGUGCCCACGCCAAUACAGCGGAAGACGAUGCCUCUCAUCCUCUCCGGCGUCGACGUCGUGGCCAUGGCCCGCACCGGUUCGGGGAAGACGGCGGCAUUCCUCGUGCCGAUGUUGGACAAGCUCAGGCAGCACGUGCCGCAGGCUGGCGUCCGUGCGCUCAUCCUCUCGCCCACCAGGGAUUUGGCCCUCCAAACCCUGAAGUUCACCAAGGAGCUCGGCAAGUAUACAGGUUAGGCUCUCUACCAUGCCCUUUCCCGCUGGCGCUUUGCUCCAAUUUUACCAUGGAAGUUAUUCCGUGGUUCCUUUUUCAAUGAAGCUUUCUAUUUCGUCAGCUCAGUCGCUUAUGUGAAUUCUUUAUGUUCCAUCGGUCGCCGUAGACCUUCGUACAAGCCUGCUGGUCGGUGGAGAUAGCAUGGAGAGCCAGUUUGAAGAGCUGGCUCAAAACCCUGACAUUAUCAUUGCAACUCCUGGUCGCCUCAUGCACCAUCUGGCAGAGAUAGAAGGCAUGUCUCUGAAGACCGUAGAAUAUGUCGUGUUUGAUGAAGCUGACAGCCUGUUUGGUAUGGGAUUUGCGGAGCAAUUGCAUAAUAUUCUUGCUCACCUUGGUGAAAACCGUCAAACAUUACUUUUCAGUGCUACUCUGCCCAGUGCCCUUGCAGAGUUUGCCAAGGCUGGUCUACGGGAUCCUCAGCUUGUGCGUCUGGAUUUAGAGACCAAGAUCAGCCCCGACCUAAAGCUAACCUUCUUCUCCUUGCGCCAGGAGGAGAAAUUUGCAGCUUUGAUAUUCCUAGUCAGAGAGCACAUCAGUUCUGACCAACAGACGCUGAUAUUUGUCUCCACAAAGCACCAUGUUGAGUUCCUCAACACUCUUUUCAAAGAAGAAGGUGUGGAGGCUUCCAUUUCAUAUGGAGACAUGGACCAAGACGCCCGAAAAAUCCAUGUGUCGAGGUUCAGAUCAAGGAGGACGAUGCUGUUGAUUGUUACUGAUGUUGCAGCCAGGGGCAUUGACAUUCCUUUACUUGAUAAUGUGGUGAAUUGGGACUUCCCCCCGAAGCCUAAAAUUUUUGUCCACAGAGUGGGCAGAGCUGCUCGUGCAGGUCGAACAGGCACGGCCUAUUCUUUUGUGACAUCAGAAGACAUGCCUUACCUACUGGACCUUCAUCUUUUCCUCUCAAAACCAAUCAUGCCCGCUCCUACAGAAGAGGAGCUUCUUCGUGAUAGGGAGGGUGUUUCAUCAAAAAUUGACCAGGCAGUUGCAAAUGGAGAAACGGUUUAUGGCCAUUUUCCACAGAGUGUCAUAGAUCUCGUUUCCGACAGGGUUCGGGAAAUUGUUGACGGAUCUGCGGAAUUGCAAUUACUGAGAAAGACUUGCACCAAUGCAUUCCGUUUAUAUUCUAGGACCAAGCCUUUACCUUCAAGAGAAUCCAUUAGGAGGGCAAAAGAAUUACCUUGUGGUGGACUACACCCCAUUUUUAGAGAUGUCUUGGAAUCCAAUGAACUCACAGCACUUGCCUUUUCUGAGCGUUUGAAAGCCUUCAGGUAUGUUCUUUCUGUUAAAACUUUCUAUGUUUGGGUUUCCAUUCAUUUUUUUUAUGAGUUACCAUUAGGCAUACCUGUCUUAAUCAUCACCAAUCAUCAAUCGGUGUAUAACUAUUUGUCUUGGUGAAAACUACACCAGGCCGAAGCAGACCAUUUUGGAAGCCGAGGCUGAAGCUGCAAAAUCAAAGCAUUUUCAAGUAAUUCUAAUAGUCUUGUAGAAUUUUGCAAUUUUCGCUUACUAUGAUGUCUACAUGUAGCAUUUAUUCUUAUAUUCCUAGCCGUUGUCUUUUCUUCUGCAUGCAGAAGGAAUUUAGGAUUUAUAUCCAUUAGACUUUCUUCCAUGUUCUAUUCGUGGUUGUUUUUAUCACUGUUAUUGUUAUGGUAAUUGAUAGGCGUUCUGUUGUUUGUUUGAUUAUUGACUAUUAUGACGGUUUUUGUUGUCAUAUUUUAGUAUAUCUAUUUUGGGUAUUUCAUAUGCAGUUUUGUUAUAACGUCUCUAUUUUAACGUUAGAUCACGGUGUGGAAAAAUGUAGGGUCCUAGCCAGUCGCUAGAUGUGAUGAAGAAAAAGAGAGCUGUUCAUGAAGGUGUGAUCAAUCUGGUACAACAAAAACAGUCUGUUCCUCAGGUAUUCUCUAAUGUCUUGAUGUGAUUGAUGCAACCUUAAAAUUGUGCUUUUAUUUUCUUGCAAUUUGAUAUUGGUUGUAUUUUUAUCCACCUUAUUGUUUGCAUGAGAAAAGUCGUAACCUAAUAUCAAGGGAUGCUACUAUCUCUUAUGCCUCUUCUAUUGUACUCAUAUUGCCCUAAGUUCUGUAUAUGUACAUCUGAGGUCCUCAUCCAUUGUGCAGUUGCGCUUUUAUUCACUCUUUCGAAGAUGACUGCUCUCAAGAAGCUCAUAUAAUAGUUUUUUUUUUUUUUCCCCUUCUCAUAACCUACUUUCAAAUACUAAGCUUCGAGGGCGUUCUGUUUCAUGAUUGGUCUUGUGCGACUUCCAACGCAUUCUCUCUUUAAAAACUCCUUGAUCAUGUACUUGAUACGACCUUGCAGAUGUGUGUUGUAAAGUUGUCAAUUUUGGGAAAUCAAAAACUUGGAUCAUCAUCUGGUGUGUCUUAGAGAGUUGUGUCUGAUGUACCUGGAGCAAGUGUCUUAGCUUGUGUUUUAACACGACUGGCUAAAUUUGGUUUCAUCAGAUCAAAUAUAAGCUUCGCUGGUCAACAUGUGCAAGGAGCAAACAGUGUUAAUUCAGGAUGUUAUUGUGGCACAGAUAUGACGAGUCUCAAGAGAGCUUUAUUAGCGUAGCAGUUUUAGAUUUUUGAACUUAAAUGGAAAAUUAUUAUUGUUUUUGAUCCAGUGAAGAAUCCUUCUCCUACCCCCUCACCCUGAUGCAGCUUAUUUCUUGGGUUGCAGAGUGUUCUUAAUGUUCAAUGCUCUAUAUGAUGUUAUAUUUGAUACUCUAUAUGUGCUUAUUUUCCAGCAGACGAAUAUUUUGAAACUGAGAAAGAAAGAAUUCACGUAUUCUGUUUCUUUUUAUUUCUCAAUUCAUAAGUUUUGUUGCAGGAAAGCAAACAAGAGGAUUCAUCUUCCGAAGAUGGGGAGAGAAAAGGUUUCUGUCAAUUUCAUAUUCUCCAGUUCUCUCCUAAUUUUCUUGGGUUAAGAUUGUGGAUCACUUGUCUGCCUAGAUCUUACUGGCUUGUUGUUCAUUUACAAUAGGAAGUUUUAGUCUGAGAGAAAAUGUGAAGAGCUUUAAGGAUGAAGAAUAUUACAUAAGCCCUAUCCCGAGAAAUCUGGUAAGUUUUGAGUUCAAUCUUCGAAUUUUAUUUCUUGCUUUUAAGUUUCAUUGGAGAAUCUCUUUUCGGCUUCCAGUGACCUUUUUGCGUUUUCUUGUACUUUUAUUCCAGCAUUUAGAAGCGGGGUUGUCUGUAAAGGAUGGUGGGGGAGGUGGAUCGAACAGGUAAGAGGUUAUUUGCAAUUGCUAAAUUGUCAUCCAUGUUGUUGAUACUUUAUAAUUAGUUCAUUUAACUACCAAUUAAUGAGGACUUGGAAAAAGCGGUAUGCAUCUUUAGAUUUCCAUAUUGUAGGACAUUAGCCUUCUAAGAAUUAUGACCUUAUUUAUUUGGCAUCAUGCUUCUCAAGUUUAUUUUUCCCUUGGUGUCAUGAAAACGCGAUGCUUGCAAUUUUAUGCAUUCUGCUUUUGGUUAUGCUAAUAUAUGAUGAUUUAAUCAUUCAUCUUAAAUGUAUGGCUGAUGGCAGAUUGGAUGCGGCUGUUCUUGACCUCGUUGCUGAUGAUAGAACUGGCAUUCAGAAACAGAAGGCCAAAAUACACUGGGAUAAGGUAGUUUGAGACCUUUAUUUUGCAAAUCGUCAUCAAAUUUAGAUUUCUCUAAGGAUUCUUUUUCCCCCCAACCAUUUUGAUGAAGACCCAUUGCUAGUUUCUAAAUUUUAUACUCUUUCUUCUUUACAGAAAAGUAAAAAGUACAUCAAACUGAACAAUGGGCAGCAUGUAACAGCCAGCGGAAAGGUAUUAAUGCCACAGCAAAAGUGCCCUAUUUUUUGUAAUAAUUUUGAUGUUAACUGAUCUUUUGAUGCAUUUCUAAUUGAUUGCUAUCUCGUGGCUACUGUAGAUUAAGACAGAGGGUGGCCAGAGAGUUAAAGCCAGCAAAACGGGUAUAUAUGAGAAGUGGAAGGAGCGAUCACACAUGAAGAUCUCUUUUAGUGGUAGUGGUGAGAACAGUUCGGAAUCUGGCAUUAGAGGUGAGGACCCAAAUGCAUAGACAUGGGAAUCCAACGCCGAUGAGAAUUUUAUAUAAGAUCUUAAUAUAUGCAGUAGUAUCUAUUUCCUUGUACAGGAUCUUUAGACUGGGUGAUCUACCCGAGUUCUUGGGCAUCAAAACGCGGAUCUUGCGGCUGUUUUCUCAUGGUUCGUUGACUUUAUUACUGUGUUUCAGGGGACCGGUGGACAUCAGGAAACAAGAGGACAUUCAACGGCAGGACCAGACGGUGGUCAGUGCCCAAUUCCAAUGUGCCAUCUGAGCUGAAAGGUCCUGAGCAGAUACGGAAGCAAAGGCAGCAGAAAGCAACCAGGAUUUCCCAACUAAAGAGCAAGUCCUCCAAGGGCAAGAAGUUUGGGAAGAAGAGGGGUGGAAAGGGCGGCAGAUGA